CGGAUUUCCCUUCCCCCGACGUUCCAUUGCACCGCACCGCGUCGCUCGCGAGACUCAGCUGAGCGCCGCUGCACCGCCCGCCCGCCCGUCCGCUCACUCACUCACUCACUCACUCCUUCCCAGGUGUGGAGUCUACACGGCGCGACCAUGGCUACCGAGAAUGUCAGCUUGCUGUUUAAGUUGUACUGUCUGGCGGUAAUGACGGUUGUGGCCGCCACAUACAUUGUGGUGUUGCGAUACACAAGAACAGUCUUGACGGAGAUGUACUUUGCAACCACAGCUGUUUGCAUCACUGAAGUCCUCAAAUUAAUUUUGAGUCUAGGUAUGUUAACAAGGGACGUGGGCAGUUUGCGGGGCACGCUGUCAACAUUGUAUGAACACAUUCUCAGGAGUCCCAAAGAAAUGCUGAAACUCAGUAUUCCAUCUGUGGUGUAUGCUGUUCAAAACAAUAUGGCCUUUGUGGCGCUUAGUAACUUGGACGCAGCAGUGUAUCAGGUGACCUAUCAACUAAAGAUUCCAAGCACAGCACUCUGUACAGUCUUUAUGCUGAAUCGUUCUCUAAACAAACUGCAAUGGCUUUCUGUAUUUAUGCUUUGUGCAGGAGUAACAUUGGUCCAGUGGAAACCUAUGGAAACUACAAAGGUGCAGGUUACACAGAAUCCAGUUUUGGGAUUUGUUGCCAUAGCCAUUGCAGUAUUGUGUUCUGGAUUUGCUGGUGUUUAUUUUGAGAAGGUUCUAAAAUCCUCUGACACCUCUCUGUGGAUCCGUAACAUACAGAUGUAUAUUUCUGGCAUUGUGAUCACUGCGUUUGGAGUUUAUUUGAAUGAUGGUGCCCAAGUUCUGGAGAAAGGCUUUUUCUUUGGAUACACCCACUGGGUUUGGAUUGUUAUAUUAUUAGCUAGUCUUGGCGGGUUGUAUACUUCUGUUGUCGUGAAAUACACCGAUAACAUCAUGAAAGGAUUUUCAGCAGCAGCAGCCAUUGUUAUUUCCACAGCAGCAUCAGUUUUGCUGUUUGGCUUGCAGUUAACUCUCAACUUUGUAGCUGGGACUAUUCUCGUCUGCGUUUCGAUAUACUAUUAUGGAUUGCCGAAGCAAAAUACAAGUACCUUUGUGCAGAGUGAAGUGGAGAAGCACAAAGAGCCGCUGGUGAAUAAUGUGUGACCACAACACCUCACUCAGCAAAGGACUUGAAAAAUCUGACUCUCAGAACUUUUCCCAACUAGGCUGUUGGGGGAAAUCACUAGUUAUAUAAAUAACUUCCCCAAUGUUAUUGAUUGUUUGAUGCGUUUUCACUGUAUCUCCUCGGUGAACGAAUGACUUUGGUGCCAAUAUAGGAAUAUCCAUAACUUAUUUAUCAAACUAGUUUUUUUUUAAACAAUUUAAACAGUUUCAUUUUGCCUUUCCAGCAAUAUAUAAACUUUAUAAGUUGCCUGUCAGAUACAUUUAAUUUUUUUCGGUGUGCUCAUUUUAUUUCCUUUGUUGGUGCCUCCAAGUGUGUUCUCCAAGCAAAUUUUACGUUGGUAUACAUUUUAAUAUUUUGAGCUGGCCCCAUUGCAUUUGGAAACAGGAUUACCCACUUGUCAAAUUAACCCACUUGUCAAAUUAAUCUUGACAGUGUAUGGAGCCAUUUAUAUUUCAAUUUAAACUACCAUAGUCAUACAGCGUGGAAACUGGCCUUUCCGCCCAAGCAGCCCCCGCCGACCAACAUGUCCCAUCUACAAAGCCCCAUUUAGCCUGUCAAACCUGUUCCACCUAUGGACUGGUAUGCAUUUUAUUAUGCUUCACCUUGUGCGUAACCCGAGGUAACUCAAUGUUUCUCAAAGAAAAUCUGAACAAAACAAUGUCUCAAUUGUCCAGUACUUCUGUCGCUAGUUGUUUUCAGAUAAGUUUUUCUACUGUACAUCCUGAGAGCCUCUUUUCUCUUGAAUCAAUAGAAUGGCUAGUUUUGAGAAUCGGCCCCAAAAUUAAUAUUUUAAGUCCCCUACUGUCAUGGGAACUAGCAGUGUAGUCAUAGGUGUGGUCUUUCUAAAUGAGGUCAAUGAGUAAAUAUUACCUUCCCUCUAUCCCAUAAAGAAAAAACGAUUAUUUGAAUUGGUGGUUUCAUGUUUCAGAAAGAAUGUUGCCUCAUUACUACUUCUGUGUUUCACUCAAAAGGAACAGCAUGGAGGUGGUAGUGCAUUUCAAAUGACAGGGAAAUGCUGGCAUUAAGAAUCCUCGCUUAUAACUGAUGGUCCUUUUUGAGUGAGAUGUAUGUGGAUCUAGUGUAUUAUGGACAAUUCUUGCAAUGAAGGAACAGGAUUUAAUGUCUCUGUGACAGGUGGAAAGAAGACAUUUAUUGUAGUGGGAAAAGUUAGUAUGUAGUUAGUUUGUAUUCCCUACAGGACAUGUCUAUAGAUCAUUUUAGCCAUGUUAUCCACUUAGAUAUAAACCAAAACUUGGCUAUGUGUCAGAGUUCAAGCCUGUUUUGUGUGAGCCAGCUAUGUAACAGUUGCACUAAAUGAGCAGUUCUGCUUGUGUAUGUUAGGGUUGCAUUGAUGUGAUGGGUUUGUGCCUUAAACAAAUGGUUAAUGUCAGGAUAAAGCGGAUAUAUUUCUGACUGAAGAAGGGACCUAAUCCGAAACGUCACCUAUCCAUAUUCUCCAAGAAUGCUGCCUAACAUACUGAGUUACUCUAUAAAUCAGCAUCUGCAGUUCCUUAUUUCUACAUUCAGACAUAUCUUUUGUAUAGCCCUAUAAUUGUGCAUAAUAUUUCAAAUUAUGUUUCUCAGACUUUCUUGCUUUAGAAAAGGUUGGUAUAAAUUGCAUAUGUUUGAUUUGUAAUUUGAUGGGAGAUUAUUAAUCCAUAAUAAUUAUUUCUGUUGCAAUUCUUCCUACCCUUCUGAGAACUUCAUUUAAGGAAGUUCUGGUAAUGGGUUUUUAAUUUCUGUUGCUCUCGAUACAAAGCUCUCCCACAUGGCUAAAUGCAUGGUUUCCAUUUAGAACCUCUUCACAUUAUUAAAGAUACAAAUUUAACCCGCAGCGAGUAACACCCUGCUCUUUGUUUAAUGGAGUGCAUUCCCUCCCAGACCUGCACUUAAGCUUUUUUAAUAAUCUAGAUAAAUUAUAACAUUUCUGAAGUAGGUACCUCAAAUUGAAUGAAAGUUCUAAUUUUAAUAUUUUGGAUCAGAAGGCAGUAAAAUGCUUUUUAAUGUUGCCCUUGUAUUUAAAAAAAAGUCAGCCUAGAAUUAUCUGAAUCAGACCAUGUAAAAAACAACUAUAGAUGUCAUUUUUUUUGUUCUCUUUCCCUGAACACAUGGUUUUGGUGAUCAUAGAAUGUUGUCAUGUAUUAACAUUUCUCUGUUCACCUCGGUUUAGACUGAGGACUAUCCCCAAGGUUUUCCCCUGCUUUUCACAUUGCUUUAGUGAAACAGAUUCAACCUCAAAAGCUGGUUUCAAACCAUAACAUUGAGCACUGAAAACAGCUGUUUCUAUUCCAUUCUUUACCUGCUCAAGUGCUUGUAUUCAAUUUGAACUUUUUUUUCCCCUGAUACCAAAUGAAAAUAUUAAAUCUUAGAUUCCUAUUUCCAAUACAUACCAGCCCAAGGGUGCACAGAUGAUGAUGUAUGCUCUUAGUCUUUUUAAAUGAUCAUUUGGAUCGGUGAUUCUCCCACUUGCUUUAAAAAUACUUUUGUACUUCAGUUCCAAAUUUAAAUUCUUCUGGGCCUUUCCCCCUCCCAUUAAACUGUCCUUUACUUCUUGGAAUGUAACCUUUGGUCAUUGACUCUUUGUGCCUUCAGCAGUGCAGUAACAACAGACCUGCUGAGCAUGACCUCCUUGUACGUGCUAAUAUAUAGUUGUGGUUUGGUGUAGAUGGUAAUCUCUGCUCUUAUGAAUAUUUGAGCCUUUUAUAGCAAACAAGACAUUGAAUAGGCACUGUUGUAAAAUAUUUUAAACCAUGAUUUUGAAUGUAGUUUGAAAUUAAGAGUGUGAUGAGUAAAUUUAAACCAUAGCCUCAGGCAAUCUAAGUACAGAUUCCAUGCACUAAUGAUAAGUCUGCUGUUUGUCAUUGGAGAGUGAAUGAUAUUUGGAACUGGAUUUGUAAAUGCCUUUUAUGUUUGUAUAUAAUGAGUAGCAAAUCAAAUCAGAAUUUCUGUGCUCCAAAUUCAGUGGAUCACUAUGUGAAAAUGGUUGUGGUAUAUAAUGUGGUCAUACAAGCCACUGGGAAGGAUCUGCUAUGGUGGGGUUUUUAAAUGUCAAUUUGUUUUUGGAUGAUGUGGAAAAUAAAUCUUUAAGCAAAAUUGGAUUGCUUGCAACUAACUGUGUUCAGAAAAGAAACUGAGUAACCAAAACUUGCAAACUGCAAUGUUACUACAUUAUGAAAUUGUAGAUUUAGUUUUAACUGUG